AUGGAACGCGAAUUCUACGACCGCAUCAAGAAGAACCGCGUCGACCCGACAACCUCCUCGAUGGCGAACCCAGUGCCUGACUACUACGGCGAAAAGAUUGGCAGCGUGGCGGACUACAGGAAGUGGUUGAAGGACCAGCGGGCGUUCAAUCUCAAGCGGGGCGAGAGCACGAGGAGAAAGUAA